UAUUUAUACUAAUGCGACCAGGAUAAAUAAUAGAACUGCAUGACACACACCUUUACAAGAUUUUGAUUGAUUCGUUAUCUGUUCUGUUCUGUUCUGUUCUGAAGUAAUCUCAUCAAAUGAUUUCUCAGCUGUGCAGUAGUAUUUCUUCAGCCAUUAGAAUUACCGAUUAUAGAACCGACAGAAUCAGAAGCAGAAUGGCUAAAUCCCUGUUUCUAAUCUUCAUUCGUUCACAUAAUCCUCGAAUCUCUGUGUAGAACAGACGAGGACCCGCGCGCUCCAGAUGUGCGUGGUCUCAACGCCCACGCGCACGGACGCGCGCACGCAGCAGCGUCUCAUUGAACCAGAGCGGAGCCCAAGAGGAGCGAAACAUGGCGACCUCGAAUAAUCCGCGAAAAUUCAGCGAAAAGAUCGCGUUACACAACCAGAAGCAAGCGGAAGAGACAGCUGCUUUCGAGGAGGUGAUGAAAGACCUGAGUAUCACUCGGGCGGCCCGUUUACAGUUACAGAAGACCCAGUAUUUACAGCUCGGUCAGAACCGAGGACAGUACUAUGGCGGCUCUUUGCCAAAUGUCAAUCAGAUUGGAAACACCGGAGUUGACCUGCCCUUUCAGACUCCUUUUCAGAACUCUGGACUGGACACAAGUAGAACGACUCGUCACCAUGGACUAGUGGACAGGGUUUAUCGGGAUAGGAAUCGCAUCACAUCGCCACACCGCAGACCCCUUUCUGUGGACAAACAUGGACGUCAAAUUGAUAGCUGUCCAUAUGCCUCUGUGUAUCUGUCACCCCCACCUGAUACCAGCUGGAGGAGGACCAACUCAGACUCUGCCUUGCAUCAGAGCACUUUGAACCCAAACCCACAAGAUGCAUUUGCAGGAGGUUCUCAAGAUUUGCAGCCAAAACAAGUUCUUCUUCUCACUAUGCCAGGAACAGGGGACCCCGAUAGUGACAUGGACAAAGAAAGUCAAAAGCAGAUAUGGGAUCAAAAAAAGAACACUUCGCAAAGGCCCAAGUCAAACAAAAUACCUGGAAUCAAUAUAUUUCCGUCUCCAGAUCAGGAAAUUACCGCAUCUCUAAUCCCAGUGGCACACAAUACUGGCGGCUCUCUGCCAGACCUGACCAACAUUCAGAUUCCUCCUCCUCUCCCCACACCUUUGGACCCUGAGGACUCCUCGUCCUCUCUCAGUGCCUCCAACAGCACUGGCAACCUCGCCAACCCUCACAUGGGCCUUACAUCUGCCGGUCAAGGUGUGACAUCAGGCCAGCCCACAGCCACAGUUCAGCGCCGGCAUGAGAAUGUAGUUCCUCUGAUCCUCAACACAGACUCUCAGCAGCUUCCAGGUCUUCAGCAGCUGUCGCCCACCCUCUCUCCUCCACUCUCUCUAGCACAGGCAGUGACGAUAGACGCCAUGACCCUGGAGCAGCAGUUGGCUCAGUAUGCUUUCUUUAGCCAGCCGUCCACUCAGACACAGGGGGGAGGUGGGCUUCCUCCGUUGCCAGUCGUCUCCUCCAGCCAGACGCAAACCUCUGUGGGCAUCGAUAUCAAUACGGCUGCUUCCCUCCAGCAGUACCGCUGUAGGGUGGGGUCUUCGGCCAAUCAGUCUCCAACCUCUCCGGUCUCCAAUCAAGGCUUCUCUCCAGGGGGCUCGCCUCAACACUCGUCCAUUCUCGGAAGUGUAUUUGGUGAUGCCUUUUAUGACCAGCAGCUCUCUCCUCGGCAGACCAGCGCUUUGUCCCAGCAGCUGGAGCAGUUCAACAUGAUGGAGAACCCCAUCAGCUCCAGCAGUCUGUUCAGCGAGGGAUCAACUCUCAACUACUCUCAGGCUGCGAUGCUCAACCUCACCGGCAGCCACGGCAACCUGCAGGACGCGCAGCAGCUAGGUUACAGCAGCCAUGGAAACAUCCCCAACAUCAUCCUCACAGGUGACGUGAGCUUUGACGCAGACUCGCAGUUCCCGCUGGAUGAGCUGAAAAUUGACCCGCUGACGCUGGAUGGCCUGCACAUGCUCAACGAUCCAGAUAUGGUACUGACCGACCCGGCGACAGAAGACGCUUUCCGGAUGGACAGGCUGUAAUCUUUAGGUAUACAGUGUUCAGUUUUCGUCAUAUGAGAUCCGUUUGAUUUAAAAGGGAGUGCAGCAGCACGUCUGGGGGACACUUGACCAUGUUUCUCAAAGCCCAGAUUGCUGAAAAUGUUGCCACAGCAUGAUUUGAGGAGAAAAGAAAAAAAUAUAUGGGGAAGCAGUGCUGCAAUGUCUAAAGAAUCAAGCUUCUGAACAAGCAGCCCAUCAUUUCUUAGGAUAGUUUACUCACACCUCAGUAAUUCCGGUUUUUUAGGCUCUAUAUGAGAGAAUGUGACACUACAAAGGUCCCUUAACGUUCAGUCAUGCAUUCUUCCAUUUCAUUGCCUGUAGAUGCACCUCCUCUCAUCGUACAUGCCUGUUGCUUUUUUUAUUUUUUAUUUAAUAUAUACCUAUAUUUAUUUAUGCACUUUUAUACAUGCAUAUACCACCAAAAACAUUGUCUGUUCCUAUACAAAUGUUUGUUGGUUGUGAGAGCAGGAGUAGUUAAAAAGGAGUGUUAAUCUUCCCCCAUUUUACGGGCAGUCCUCAUGCAACACUAAUGUACUUCAGUGCAGUCUGAACAUAUGAUUGUAAUGUUUUCUAGAUGUCUAAUGUUGUCGCGUCAUGAUAAGAUAGUGGUACAGCUUAUAAAAAAAAAAACAAUCAAGAAAAAUGUUUGAAAUGAAAUCAUAAUUUCAAAAAGUGCUUUUUUUAAAUGGAUGGUUCACCCAAAAGUGAAAGUUCUGUCAUCCUUUACUGAUCAUGUGUGGCUUCCAAACCUUUUUAGCAUUCAAAAGCAGAUGUUUUGUCACGUUUUUCCUGAGGAACUCAAAAGAAGAUAUUUUGAGAAUCAAUAAUAAAAAAAAGUGCUCAGGGGUAGCUUAAAUAAUGUGUCAGUGCUCUUUGGGCAAGGGGUUCGUCAGAAUAAACAGCAAAAAUCAGCCCAAGCUGAGCUUUUUUCCCUUCCCCGCUGUGAAAGUCAAUGGUGUCCAAUAUAAAAUGUUUAGACCCUGUUGACUUUCAUAGUGAGGGAACAAAUAAAUGAAAGAGAACUCAGACAAAUGAGUGACAACAAACUUGAUCACAUACUGUAUAUUACUGUGUCUUUUUGUUUUUGUUUUUAAUUUCUGAAAGCUUUAAAAGUAAUGUCAUAGACUUGCAUGAGUAACAAAUUCAACCUUUAAAUGACAAAAUUUACAGUUUUGAUUUAAAUGUUUCAAUGUCACAUGAUCGGGUCAGUUUACAUACUCCCUGCUCACACAACAAAAAUAUAAAAGAGGUGGAAAUUUGCUAAUGGUCACAAUUAAUUAGUUACUAAUUCAUAGUUUAUAACCAAUUUAUCAUAUUAUCAAUCAAUUUAUUAUUCAUUUAAUCCAUUGAAAAUGAAAGUGAUGUGGACAAGUUUGGUGACCCAUACUUUAAUCUGUACUCUGCAUUUAACCCAUCAAUGUGCACAGAUAAAAGUAAAAAAAAAAAAAGCCCAAAGGUCACUAUUGAGAACAGGUAUAAAACCUAAACCAACAUAGUAUCAAAGGUUGUGUGUUAGGGAGGUCUAAGAAUAAAAAUGUAUAUUAUCAAAUUUCAAAAAUAAAAUUGGGAAUAAGCUGCGGCACGGUGGCUCAGUGGGUAGUGCUGUCACCUCACAGCAAGGAGGUAACUGGUUCGAGCCCUGAGUUUUCGCGUUCUCCCUGUCUUUGCGUGGGUUUUCAAAGACAUAAGCUAUAGGUGAGUUGAAUAAACGAAAUUGGCU